AUGGCUUCGAAAGAUACACCUCCCUCUGUUACCCUGCCCCAAGGUACGGUGGUAGGAGUUCAAUUGGAUAACGCAUUUCCCCAACCAGUGAACGCCUUCUUGGGCAUUCCAUAUGCACUCCCUCCAGUAGACGACCUACGUUUUCGUCCUCCUGUCAAAGUACCCAAUUCGUCAAAGGUGAUUGACGCUUCAAAGUACGGCCCUGCCGCUCCCGGAAAGGGGUUGUUGAUUGGCGGCCCAAAAGUUGAACAAAGUGAAGAUUGCUUGACUGUCAAUAUUUUCCGUCCUGGUAGCAGUUGUACCAAGCUGCCAGUCGCGAUAUAUAUCCAUGGUGGUGCCUAUAACAGAGGGUCGGCAAUGAUGCACGACACUGCAUCAAUGCUCGCGUGGUCAGGAGAACCUUUUGUCGCUGUCAGCUUCGGUUAUCGUCUGGGAGCUCUUGGAUUCUUGCCAUCCACUCUGUCCAAAAAGGAAGGUCUUUUAAAUCUCGGGUUACACGAUCAGAUCCUUCUGUUCCAGUGGGUACAAGAAAAUAUCGAGGCAUUCGGAGGAGACCCUGGCAAUGUUACUCUCAUCGGUCUGUCGGCGGGAGCUCACUCGAUCGGCCACCAUCUUCUCAAUUACGAUGAACGCUGCAAACCAUUAUUCCACCGAGUGAUCAUAGAAUCUGGGGCGGCGACGUCGCGCGCUGUCCGCCCAUAUGAUGCGAAGGUCCACGAGCAACAAUUUCAGGAUUUCUUAAAGCAGGUCCGCUGUCCGGAAAAUCUGCCAGAAUCCGAGAUUUUCCCAUUCCUGCGCUCCUUACCAAGUUCGAUUAUAACGGAUGCUCAAAUAGUAGUAUUCGAUAAAUGGAACCCAUCCUUACGGUGGGCAUUUCAACCAGUUAUAGACGGAGAUGUCAUCUCGCGUAAACCUCUUGAUGCUUGGAAGUCCAAGCUCUGGAACAAAGUACCUAUAAUGACUGGGUUCAACACCAACGAGGGAACCAUGUACGUUGAUAAAAGUAUGUGUCACCCCGAACAGUUUCGCGGCUUCUGGCAUACACUGCUCCCGGACCUUUCGUCGGCAGAUCUGGAUACUAUUGAGAAAUUGUAUCCGGACCCCAACGUGGAGCCCAACUCACCAUACACGGAGACUCGCCUUGAGCACGGUCUUGGGGCUCAAUACAAACGCAUCGAGGCUGCUUAUGGACACUACGCAUACGUAGCCCCCGUCCGUCAAACAGCACAUUUUGCCUCUUCCGAGGGAGUGCCAGUCUACUUAUAUCACUGGGCACUGGCCCGCACAGUAGUUGGUCGCGCAAACCAUGCAGAUAAUAUGUAUUACGAAACCUACAACAGCAACAUUACCAGUCUUUCUGAAUCGCAGAAACAACUUUCAGGUACCCUACACGCUUAUAUCACUAGCUUUAUUACAAAGGGCGACCCCAACGCUAUAUCUGGCCUUGAUCCCCAGAGGCCAGAGUGGAAGCCUUAUUUACCCGAUGAGCCUCGAGUGUUGAUUUUUGGCCAGGGCAAUGAGGAGCUCAUUGGAGGCGAUGUUGCACCACCCGCAAAGUUUGUUGCAGAUGACUGGGACAGAGAACAAACGGAUUUCUGGUGGUCCAAGGUUGAGAUCUCACAGCUAGCGUAA